AAGAGAUGUUUGGCCAUCUGGUUCAGGGGCUCCCAAUGAUUUGUUAUGACUGGGGCAUCUUUGCUGCUGCCGUUGUUAUUGUUACAUUAUGUCGUAGAGCGUGGAAACUAUGGUACAAUAGCAAGUCAGGAGGGGGGAUUUUUCCAGGAAACCGAGGACUUCCCAUUGUGGGAGAAACUCUGCAUUUCAUGGCCGCCAUUAAUAGCCCACAAGGAGUCUAUGAAUUCGUCCGAUCUCGUCGCCUCCGAUAUGGGAGAUGCUUCGAGACCAAGUUAUUUGGGGAGACCCACGUUUUUAUGUCGAGCAUGGAAUCGGCAAAAGCGAUACUCAACAACGACGCUGGGAGAUUCUCAAAGAGGUACAUAAAGUCAAUAGCCGAACUGGUCGGACCUGAGAGCCUGCUCUGUGCUUCUCACAGCCAUCACAGACUCAUCCGGGCCCAUCUCCUGUGCCUCUUCUCAACUGUCUCUCUCGCCUCCUUCGUUACACACUUCGAUCAACUGGUCGUUGACGCCUUCAAUGGCUGGCCACAUCACGGCGCCGUCGUCAUUCAACAGGAAGCUCUCCAGAUAACUUGUAAAGCGAUGUGCAAAAUGUUGAUGAGCAUUGAGAGCGGGUAUGAAUUGGAGACGAUGCAGAGAGAGGUGGGUCGCGUGUGUGAAGCAAUGCUUGCCUUUCCUCUAAGGUUCAAGGGGACCAGAUUCUAUAAGGGCCUUCAGGCUAGAAAAAGAAUCAUGGACACAUUAGAGAAGGCGAUGAAUGAAAGGAGAAGCGGAUCGGCCUGGGGUCAUCAAGAUUUUCUUCAACGGCUUUUAGCAGGAAAUGACGAUAAAUUGAAUGGGCAAGAAGUGAGAAGGCUAACAGAUGAGGAGAUCCGAGAUAACAUAUUGACCAUGGUAAUCGCUGGUCAGGACACGACAGCCAAUGCAAUUACAUGGAUGGUCAAAUUCGUGGGUGAGAAUCAGAAAGUUCUUAAUAAUCUAACGAAGGAGCAGCUUCAAAUUGCGAAAAGACUCGAGAGCACGCAUCUUACACUGGAGGAUCUUAAUAAGAUGCCAUUCGCCUCCAAGGUGGUAAAAGAAGCGUUAAGGAUGGCAUCUGUUGUUCAGUGGUUCCCAAGAGUGGCACUGGAGGACUGCGAGAUUGAAGGAUUUAAAAUCAAGAAAGGGUGGAACGUGAACAUCGAUGCCAGAUCAAUACACUUCGACCCAACCGUGUACAAUGAUCCGGACGUUUUCAAUCCUUCAAGGUUUCAUGCCAAGUCAAAGACACACGGCUUCUUACCAUUUGGGGUGGGCGGAAGGUCAUGCCUUGGGAAGAACAUGGCUAAAGCCAUGAUGCUGGUGUUUCUCCAUCGUCUCACCACAACUUACAAGUGGAAGGUCAUUGAUUCUGACUCAAGUAUCGAGAAAUGGGCACUCUUUUCAAAACUAAGAAGCGGCUGUCCGGUUCGCUUGACGUCAAUUAAGGACAUGAACAAAACUACUUGAUAGGAUGUGGCAUUUUCCAAGGGGGAUUAUAUUUAUAUACUUGUUUAUCAGCAUAUAUAUCCCGAGAAAAAAAAAAAACGAUCUAAGUUUCAAAUAACCAUAUAAUCCCCUGUCUUGUAAUAUUGCAAUUAUUUAUCUGGGUAAAUCAUCAGUAAUAGUAAGUUUCAGCCAGCUUCACAUUUUUCUGUU